CGACCUCAUUUGCAGCCCAACCCGCACUCACCAACAGAAAGGGAAAAGACCAUCCUACCCACGCCAGCUCCGGAGUUCCGACGCAACUUCCCAUUCCGAUCCACAUCAGCCCCGUCGCUGUCUCUCCAGGAUCUGGAGACCCUACCCGCCUGAGCCCUCAGCCGGCCGCGCGGUGCGGCACCGCACCACCGCCACCGAGCCACGAACCCGCCGGAGUACCGACCCGCCUGCGCCCUCCGCUGGCCGUGCGGCGUGGCAGCGCACCACCUACGGCGGGCUGCGGCACCGCCCCGGCCCUCGCACCAGUUCCGCGGCGACGUGGUCCAGCAGCACCGCCAGGCCGCCUACGGCCAUUUCACUCGCGGCUUCUGAGCAUCUACCUGCACUUCUUCAAUUACCUGCAGCUUUCAUCGUAUUUCCUUUGCAUUGCAUACCGUGCAGCCACCUCUGCACAUGAUGUUUCGGAUGUUAUCUUAUUAUUAAAAAACUAGAUUUACUCAUGUUUUUCUUCCUCUGUCAUUAUUGCUGAUUUGGUAACUAAUCUUUCUGUGGGGUUUAUGCACUGUUAAUUUUUCCCUGUCAUUUUAGGUCUAAUUUGUAUUCGACACUCUCAUCGUAGUAACUGCCUCAUAGGUUUUGUGCCCUCUGUAUACAUCUCUAUCGGCUCCAUGUCCAAGGCACUGCACCACCCUUUUGUUAUCAGGUUUUAAACCGGCUUUUGGAAUUGUACACAUGGAUCAAUUUGUGGGAGUGGAAAUUAGAGCAGAUUUCUGUGCUUUUUUUUUUCCAGCACAUCUGCCAGACUAGUAUCAUCAGCAAUUGUCCAUCGCAGCAUAGGGACCCCAAACAAAAGUUGAAUUGUACACAUUGAAUCACAUGGAAUGAGCCAGAUGCAAUGAGGGCUGCCUGAAAGUGUAUAGGCAGGCAGAGCACAGCAGCAACUUUCGCGUUAGAUAUUUGCGGAUGAAUAGGGCGGCGAGGAAACUAUCUGUUGACCUGGCAGGGCGCUUUGCGGCUUUUCCUGUGUAUUUACGCCCGCUACCUCACGCUCGAGGUUCCAAAAGGCGGAACGGCUAAGGGGGAGUGGCAACGACUGCCACAAAACCCACCUCGUGGUCAUUGCUUUGGAAUCCCCUUCCCUUUCCCUUUAGCCAAAGACGCUCUGCUCAGCAUAAAGAGAAGGGCGGGCGGCAUCUUCUCCUCCCUUCCCUUUGCCCUACCUUUUGCUAUACUACAAGAGCUUCAAAUUCUCCGCCUUCAUUCAUGCAUGCUUUCUGUUGGCAAACAACAAACAUACUAGCACUGCUUUGACUUAAAAGGUUCCGAGACAGCCUGAUGGUCAAGAGAGAGAUAGUUUACGUACCUGCAAGUGUGCUCAGGCAGGCUGGCCCCGGCCGGUCUAAUUCUGCAGCCUCGCAUCGCCAAACAGAGCAUCAAAUCUUUAUCUGAGAGCGACUCCGUGUCUGAAGGAUUGGUGCUCACGUCGCGACAUCCAAAGCCAGCCACAAGAUAGGCACACAGCGCUGCUCCGCACCAAGAAUGACGCCAAGUGUCACGCCCUGGAUUCCUCUGGCACCCACCCUCCUAUUAGUACUCUGCACUGGACUUGCAGCGCUGGUGACCUGACUUCCCCCACAUACUCAUACUGACAGUGGAUCCAUCACUGCAACUUCAUGGAUUAUAAUUUUGACACCAGCGUCCUCGACGAGGACGUCGCCGGGAGAGGAGGCAGGGAAGGGAGCUGCCCGCCAGCAUGGGCCAGGGCGUGCGACGGGUGCCGCGCAGCCCCCAGCGUGGUGUACUGCCAUGCGGACACCGCGUACCUGUGCGCGUCAUGCAACUCGCGGGUGCAUGCCGCCAAUCGCGUGGCCUCGCGCCAUGAGCGCGUGCGCGUCUGCGAGGCCUGCGAGUGCGCCCCCGCGGUGCUCGCGUGCCGCGCCGACGCGGCGGCGCUCUGCGCUGCCUGCGACGCGCAGGUCCACUCCGCCAACCCGCUUGCGGGGAGGCACCAGCGCGUGCCCGUCCUGCCGCUCCCGGCCGCCGCCGUCCCGGCUGCCUCUGUGCUCGCCGAGGCAGCUGCCACCGCCGCGGCCGUUGCUGGUGACAAGGACGAGGAGGUCGACUCCUGGCUGCUGCUCACCAAGGACCCAGACGACGACGACAAGAACCACAACUGCAGUAGCAACAACAACAACAUCAGCAGCAACACCAGCACGUUCUACGCAGACGUUGACGAGUACUUCGAUCUGGUCGGGUACAGUUCCUACUGUGACAACCACAUCAAUAGCAACACGAAACAGUACGGGAUGCAAGAGCAGCAGCUCCUGCUGCACAAGGAGUUUGGAGACAAGGAGGGAAGCGAGUACGUGGUGCCUUCACAGGUCGGGCAGCAGCAGAGUGGCUAUCACAGAGUUAUUGGGACGGAGCAGGCUGCCUCCAUGACUCCCGGGGUCAGUGCUUACACAGAUUCCAUCAGCAACAGCAUCUCUUUCUCAUCGUCAAUGGAGGUGGGUAUAGUACCAGACAACAUGGCAACGACAGACAUGCCAAGCUCCGGCAUCCUGCUGACGCCUGCUGGGGCCAUCAGCCUGUUCUCGUCGGGUCCUCCGCUCCAGAUGCCGCUUCACUUGGCCUCCAUGGACAGGGAGGCCAGGGUGCUGAGGUACAGGGAGAAGAAGAAGAGCAGGAAGUUUGAGAAGACCAUACGGUAUGCAACGAGGAAGACGUACGCAGAAGCACGGCCGAGGAUCAAGGGACGCUUCGCGAAAAGAUCGUCUGAUAUGGAUGUCGAAGUGGAUCAGAUGUUCUCAGCUGCGGCUCUGUCGUCUGAUGGUAGCUAUGGUACCGUUCCAUGGUUCUGAAGGAACUUUAGUGAGACAUUAUAUGUAUCAUACAGUAUAAUAAUUGUAACAUGCGUUGACCAUAUAUAGUGGUAAGGUCAAGUACAAGUAGUUCUAGGAAACCGAUGGUAAUGAGUGAUAUUGUGUUUGUUUUGAAAGAUAAAUGAACAAAUAUCUUAGCAUUUGAGUUUUGGUUUGUAAUUGCAUGCACAUAUCAGGUCUAUACAGAAUUUUCAGUCACUUAAACAUUUUUCACUGAA